CGGGGUUGGGGCGUUUUUCGCGCUUCCGCCGUCGUCCUGCUGCUGUUGAUGUUCUGAGGCAGAAGGGAGGGGAGCGGUGGCGGCGGUGGCCGCUGGACCUUCUCCACUUUCCUCUUUCCCUCUUCUAUCAUCUUGGCUGGGCCCCAGACUUGGGGGGAGCGCCUUCUCCGCCAUGGCCACCAGCACCACAGGCUCCACGCUGCUGCAGCCUCUCAGCAACGCCAUUCGGCUACCGAUAGACCAGGUCAACUUUGUAGUGUGCCAACUGUUUGCCUUGCUUGCUGCUGUGUGGUUUCGAACUUACCUUCACUCAAGCAAAACUAGUCCGUUCAUAAGGCAUGUUGUUGCCACACUGUUGGGCCUUUAUCUUGCACUUUUUUGUUUUGGAUGGUAUGCCUUACAUUUUGUUAUACAAAGUGGAAUUUCAUACUAUAUCAUGAUCAUUAUAGGAGUGGAAAAUAUGCACAAAUAUUGUUUUGUUUUUGCUUUAGGAUACCUCACUGUGUGCCAAAUUUCUAGAGUCUAUAUCUUUGACUAUGGACAAUAUUCUGCUGAUUUUUCUGGCCCAAUGAUGAUAAUUACACAGAAAAUUACAAGUUUGGCAUACGAAAUUCAUGAUGGAAUGUUCCGAAAGGAGGAAGAACUGUCACCAUCACAGCGAUGCUUAGCUGUGAGACGCAUGCCAAGUCUACUGGAAUAUUUAAGUUACAACUGUAAUUUCAUGGGUAUCCUGGCAGGCCCAUUAUGCUCUUAUAAAGACUAUAUUACUUUCAUUGAAGGCAGAUCAUACCAACUGACACAGUCUGAAGCAAAUGGGAAAGAAGAAAUAAAAUAUGAACAAACAGAUCCCUCACCAAAUAUAGCUGUGGCGCAGAAACUUGUAGUGUGUGGACUAUCCUUAUUGUUUCAUAUGACUGUUAGCAAAACUUUUCCUGUAGAAUACAACAUUGAUGACCAUUUCAGAGCAACAGCUUCAUUUCCUACAAAGGUCAUCUACCUAUACCUGUCGCUAAUGGCUGCCAGACCGAAGUAUUAUUUUGCAUGGACUUUGGCAGAGGCAAUUAAUAAUGCAGCUGGAUUUGGCUUUAGAGGCUAUGAUAAAAAUGGAGUCCCACAUUGGGAUUUGAUUUCAAAUCUACGAAUUCUACAUAUAGAGUUUUCAACAAGUUUCAAGAUGUUUCUUGAUAACUGGAAUAUACAGACAGCGCUGUGGCUCAAAAGAGUAUGCUAUGAGCGAGCCUCUUUCAGUCCAACAAUACAAACCUUUAUCUUAUCAGCCAUUUGGCAUGGGGUAUAUCCUGGAUAUUAUUUAACAUUCUUAACAGGGGUACUAAUGACACUUGCAGCACGAACAAUUAGAAAGUACAUUAGAAAUUAUUUUAUUGAUUCUCCAGCCAUUAAAUUAUGUUAUGAUAUCAUGACAUGGAUCGCAACUCAAAUAGCAAUAAGUUACACAGUUGUCCCAUUUGUACUUCUCUCCAUAAAACCCUCUUACAUAUUUUACAGUUCCUGGUAUUUCUGCCUCCAUAUUGCCUGCAUUUUAGUGCUGUUGAUGUUUCCAAUGAAAAGAACUCAAAAAGGAAAUAAAGAACAAGAAAGCAUCCAGCCUUCAUGGUCUAAAAAGCACGAAGAAGAAAAAGAAAAGAGAAUUAUGGGACAUAAUAGUUUUUCUGUGGCAAAUAGCUUCAAUCAAAGAAGAGAAAUCACCUCCAGAAAUACAGCAACAAAACAAUGAUUACAGAUGCUAUAGAUGCUAUAUUUUAUAUUUUCAAGACCAUUUAUAGCACCUUUUAAAAGGGGUUUGUAUUUGUCUGAAAAGAUGGUUAGUAAGAAAAGAAUGCUAUAUCUCUAGGGAAUAUACUAGUAAGAUGAAAACAAAGCAAAUUAACCACUCCCGUGCCAUGUUCCUGUGGAUCACGCCUUAUAUGGAAAUAUUACAAUUAUUUCAAUGGGCACUCAGGACCAACAGCGUAUGUCAUUGGUGUGCCCCUGUGCUGAAUGUACAGUGUAAAUCCCUAGGCACUGUGGGGCUAGAAAGCAGUUGUGUCAGUCCAGAAUACCAGAAGGAAAAUAUCUUGCAUUGCCUUAAACCCUCUAUCUACUGGAAAAGUAAUGUUUCUAAAUAGUAUUUUCAUGUUUAGGAUAAUAUAUUUGAAGUAUAAUUCAAAAGUAAGCUUUGGAUUCUGAGGGACAAAACAAGAGAAAUGGAAGCAGAAAACCAUGCUGCCUGAAGGGAAAGGAGGAAUUGCAACAAGCACCUCAGUAUCUGGAGGGUUUUUUUAGGAUAUCAGAUUUGUACAAUGUAGAACUGAAAACAUUGCUAAUGCCAAAUUAUAGUUGGUUUGUCUGUUAAAAACUGUGGCUAAAGGAAAACCCUCUGAAAACUUUUUUUUAAAUAUUUAAAGUCAUCCUUUCUAGAGCCAAAUGUUUCAAUUUAAUUUUGCUCUUUAGGAUGAGUAAGCUUUGCAGCAGCCAUCACAAGAUGUGCAUGGAAUUCCUGUUAAAGCUGUAGCUUUCCAAUAAAAUUCCUCCUCCUCCUCAUACAGAAAUCAUUUCACAGGGCAAUCUUAAGAUAAAAUCACUAGUAAAAAUUGAUCAGGUAUAGAAUUAGUGUGAAAAGGUGCUUAUGAUGGCCACUUUAUCUUAUGGUUAUAAUUCAGUUUAUAUUAAACAAAGAGUGAAAUUGUUAAAUUGGUACUGUCUAAUUGAACUAUGUAAACCCUGUAACCCAAGAACACCUAUGGUUUAGGAAAAACUAAAGCAGGAUUUCAUAUAUGGAGAUCAUAGUGUAACAUUUGAUAAAACUUUCCCAACCAA